GGAGUUACUGCUGACGAACGUUUCGAUUCCGGUUAUCAUUCAUCGGCGGCAGUUGCUGAAGACCAAAGAGCGUCUAAGAAUGGACCUGCAAUUACUGCUAGAGAACAUGUGACUCCUCGUAAGGAUUCUUCUGCGGAAGCGGAAACUGAAAUACUUCGUGACACAAUUUCCUCAGGUGCGAUUGGAAAUGAAGGGAAUUCUGGCGAGAACCCUACAGAUUUUAUAAAAGGAGUGACAGGAAAUAACGGUGUUUUUAAUAGUGGGGACUUUCUUUCUGCAAGCGAAGCUGAUGCGAAAGCUUCUGUAGUUUUGAAUGGGCUGGCAUUUGGAACUACUGAAAACAUAUAUGCUACACGUCGUUUUUCGUCAGAAUUGUCUCCAUCUUACACUUGUGAAAAUCCUGGUUGCAUGAGCGGACAGAAGCUCGACUCGUUCUUUUCCUUUGCAUUAGCGUGCUAUCGAAUAUUGAAUGGAGCUAACAGUAGCAGUAUUUCUGGUCAAAAUGUUACUGACAGUGCUGGAGCUCCAGCUACAGUAAAUAAUGGAAGUAAUUUUAUUUUAUCAACGACCGGAAAAAAUCAGUCCCCGUAUGUUGGAACCAUCUCUGGUAACAGUGCUGGUACAAUACUUCCAUAUUUAUCAUUUGCAUCGAAACCUGGUUUCAAUUCUACUGACGUUAUUGGCUAUCCUUCUAGUACCAGCGGUGGCGGAGUAACAAAAGACAGUAAUAUUGUUUCUGCUAUUACCUCAACGCUUUUCACUAAGCCAUUAACGCAUAGCGUAUCAUUUACUGAAAAUUCUCAAAUUUCACCGCUCGCUCAAAGUGUUCACAAAACCAUUUAUUCAACAAGUGCCUUGAAGCGUGUUUCAUUAACUGAUAUAACAAACGGAAGAUUACUCGAUGGUCAUGAGAAUAGAUCUGCGGUAGUGACGACUGACUCAUCACCAGAGAAAGGAGGCACAGGAAAACGUAGUAGUUUUCGCAAUGCAUCUCCAAUGUUUUCUUGGACAUCAUGGUAUUUUCGUGGUUCGAAGGGCUUUCCCGACUCGUCAUCUUUGUCGUCGUCGGAAUACCCAGGACAUACACGUUAUGGUUGUGGACCAGGUAUAUUUCAUCGUCCUUGCCAUAGCAGUUCCGAUGGGUCAUGGGAACUACACUGGCCACAUCCAACCAAAUUUACCAAAAAGCCGUCGAGUUACACGUCUCCACAACAUUCAGCUGUGACGGUACCUACAGUAACUAAAAUACCGUCUGGAUGCCCUAAACUGAAAAUCUGCAUAGAUAACUCACAAUUACCUGAACAAAAUCAUUCUGCAUUGCACAGUGAUCAACCCGUGGGAACAAGAGUAGUUCACGUUUGUGCAGCAAAAUAUGUGUUUUCUAAAAGUCUUCAACCGAUCAACGUAUAUGUUUGCGAAGAAGACGGUUUUUGGAGUGGCAGUCUUGAUUUACUGGACAUAGUAAGUAGCUGA